CAAAUAAAACACAAGCUCACAGAUCUUCUGGGCUUGAAGCAUUGACCGCUAAUGCCAAACAAAAAACUUUGUUUAUUUUAUUGUUUAAUUAUUCUUUAAAUUAAAUUUAUUUACUGGAGUUGGAAUACAAUAUCCAACUGAAGACAAUACAUAAGAUGGCCAGACCUAAUGAUCCCGGCUUUAACAAGGUGUUUAAUGACCCAAUCCACGGACACAUUGAACUCGAACCUCUGCUGGUCAAAAUCAUAAACACACCUCAAUUCCAAAGACUGAAGAACAUCAAGCAGCUAGGAGGGGCCUACUACGUUUUCCCUGGAGCAUCUCAUAAUCGCUUCGAGCACUCCAUUGGGUGUGUGUGUUUGUGUGUCAGAGUUGGGUACCUGGCUGGAGAGCUUGCUAAAUCUCUGCAAAAGAAACAGCGUCAGGAUGAACCGAAGAUCACUGAGAGAGACAUCCUCUGUGUGCAAAUCGCUGGCCUCUGCCAUGAUCUGGGACACGGACCUUUCUCACAUCUGUUUGAUGGGAUGUUCAUUCCUGAAGUACAUCCAGAAUUGGCAGGCAAAUGGACGCACGAGCAGGCAUCGCUAGACAUGUUAGACCAUCUGCUUGAAGUUAACAAACUGAACUUGGAAGACUACCAGCUGGUUCUGCCGAUGGACCUCAUCUUCAUCAAAGAGUUGAUCGAUGGACCAAAGCCCAAAGACCCUCAGGAUCCAGACGCAGAGUGGCCAUACAAAGGCCGUCCAGAGGAGAAGUCUUUCCUGUACGAGAUUGUGUCCAACAAAAGGAACGGCAUUGAUGUGGACAAAUGGGAUUACUUUGCGAGAGACUGCCACCACCUGGGCAUCAAGAAUAGCUUUGACCACAACCGCUUCAUCAAGUUUGCCAGGGUGUGUAAGGUGGACGGGAGGUGGCAAAUCUGUACCAGAGAACAGGAAGUUGGAAAUCUGUAUGACUUUUUCCACACAAGAAACAGUCUCCACAGAAGAGCCUACCAGCACAAAGUAACAAACAUUGUUGAGACCAUGAUCACCGAGGCCUUUGUAUUGGCAGACCGACACCUCACAUUCAAGGGGGCAGAAGGGAAGGAUUUCACAAUGUCCACAGCUAUAGGUGACAUGGUGGCAUACACCAAGCUGACUGACAACGUCUUCGAACAGAUCCUCUUUUCUACCUCAACGGAGCUGGAUGAUCCCAGGAAGGUGAGAGAGCUGACUGAGGCCAGGGACAUCCUAAAGAACGUCCUCAGCCGUCGCCUCUACAAGUGUGUGGGCCAGUUUUAUUCAGCAGAAGAAAUCAAGGUUACAAUGGCAAUGCAUCGUCAGUUGGCAGGUGACCAGGGCAAUCCCCCGGGCAAUAACCUGAGUCCAUUCGACUUCGUUGUCAAGGUUAUCAAGAUGAACUAUGGCCUGAAGGAGAAGAAUCCCAUCGAUCACGUACGUUUUUACCACAAGAGUGACCCCACCACGGCCUUCAAGAUCCCCAGUGGCCAGGUGUCGACGCUCAUCCCAGGACACUUUCAGGAGUGGUUGAUCCAGGUGUACUGUAAGAGGACUGAUGUGGAAGGGGAGAUUCUGAGGGCGGCCUGGGACCGCUUGGAAAACUGGCCCCAACUCAGUAUGAACCAGCCAGAGCCGGAAGCCGAUGAAGGCCCAAACUCAACUUAAGUUUGGAAAGAACCAAAAAAAAAAGAUUUGGGGCAUUUCAUAUUAAUUUUGUUGAAGUGUUCUUUUUUUCAUUUUCAAAGUUUGAAAGUUUUCCUGAAUAAUAAUAAUAAUAAUAAUAAUAAUAAUAAUAAUAAUAAUUUUGGGUAGAUUUGUCCUUUGUUUGGGUUACUAAGGUAUACAUACCACAACGCUUGAUAAUUUUUUUCCCAGUGUGUGUGUGGGUGUUGGUUGAAAAAAAAAAUAUAUAUUCCGUUUACAUUCAUGUUUUGUGCUCUUUUCAAAGAUAUAUUACGAUAAUGUCGUAUUAAGGGCUCAGGAGUAGUGUUUCGAAGACUGCUUGCUGUUUUGCUAAUCUGUGAAAAUAAAGGUUAACUGAAAAGCAUAUUUUUUCAAGAUAGAAAGUGGCUGGGGCAAACAUUGUUUGCUAAAUGGUGAAAAAAUAAUAAAUGGCUUUGUCCUCAA